AAAAAUUAGUAUCCUCACUGUUUCAAAGCUCCAUCAAAUCAAAUCAAAAUCAUAAUCUAUCUUUCUACAAAUAAAAAGAGCAACCGAGACGCGAAGAAAAAGAGGAAGUUCAACGAGAAGAUUCGUCAUUUCAAUUGCUUUUGCUGCAGAUUGAUUCUUCUAAUUUGACGCCGGAGAUGAUGCUAGUAUCGGUACUGGCGGAGAUUCUAGAGGAGUACACGGCGGUGCUCGUGGAGGUGCUCCGGCAGCUCUUUCAUUCCGCCCCAUUUCCUCGCCGUAUCCGGUUUCUCAUCCUUCAUAAUCUCCCUUUCGUCGAUCGACCAAGCGGCGUAACGGCUUAGCGGCGAUUUUUGAUGUCGCUCAACCUCCGGACACCACUUUUGACAACCAUCAUCAGUCAACUCUAACCACCGCCCUCCAGUGACCAGUGUCGCCCAACUCCUGCCGCCACUUCUGGCAAAUGUCGUCGGCCAACUCUGAUGAAUGCUGCCGGCCAACCUUUACCCGUCACCUCGGUGAUCGCGUUGGCCAACCUCAACGACCAUUGUCAGCCAACCUUCUGUCGCAACCGGCCAACUCCGACCACUAUCAACCAAUCUUUGGUAACCCCUUCCUCCCACACUAACGAAAUUUCUGCCACUAACUCCGUCAACUAACCUCCGGCAACUACCACCAACCAACCUUAAAAACACAUUAAUAAAAAUAUCUUGGUAUAUAACAAACAAGACAAUUUUGUAUAUAAAAACACUUUUAAGAAAGAAUUAUAGUAUAUGUGUGUUUUUUAUUUUAAAGAGUUUUUAUCAAAAGCAUUUAAAUAAAAAUGAAUUUUUGAAAGAUAUUUUUUUCCUAAGUCAUCCCAAACAUGCACAUUAGACUAUAAUUGUAUAGUUAUAUAUAUUUAGGCUAUAUGUAUAAAAAACCUGGAUUUAAUUUAAUAAUAUUUUCAUUUUUUUUUUUGUCAAUUUAACUAGCUCGAAAACUUAUAAUCAUUUCCGAAACGUAAAGAUUUAAAAUGUUUAAAAUAAUUUAGCAACCAAAUAAAAAUAAAAACUCAAAGUUUAUGAUUUUUUAUUCCUCAAAUGUAAAUUGAUAAGAAAAAAGUAUAAUUUUUUCAAUAAUUAAAUUUAAUAUUAAAAUACUAAUUUAUUUCAAUGUUAAGUUAGAGUAUUACAGUAAAAAAAAAUCAUUUUUAAAUUAGUUAAAGUGACAAAAGUGGAUGAAAUUUUAUUUCUAAAUCUAGUAAAAUUAAAAUAUCAAAUUCAAUAGACUAAAUAAAAUUAUAAUUUUAGUAAAAAAUCUCUAUUUCAAUUUUUUUAUAAAAAAAUAUUUCUUCUAAAUUUUUUAGAUUAUUUUAAACUCUGCUAUAUUAAAAUAACUAAGAUGAAAAUUUUGAACUAAUCUAAAAUCUAACCAAAACCCAGACUUAGAACUUGCACUCCAAAUACAGUUUUCUUAAGCCCAGACUACCUAAAUUUCCCAACUUAAUCCCCAGGCUUAACAUUCCAAACGUGCACGUCAAAUGUCCCCUUAAAAUUAAUUUAAUGUUAUAUUAUUUUACAUUUUUAAAUAUGACUUUCAUGUCAUUCAAAUUGAUAAUUUGAAUCAUGACUUUGGAGUGAGUUUAGAAAUAAAAAAUAAAAGUAACUUUUACCA